AUGGUGUAUAAGCAUGUACAAAAGUUUCUUACUGGUUCAAAGUGCUUUGAAUCCAAGAGAAAUGGAGUUGUCCAUUUGAAUUUGAGGUUAUAUCACUCAUCAGGAGAAACCGAAGAAGAGGUUUUGCCGAUUGAAUGGUAUGAGAAGAUGUUUCCAACGAUAACAAAAUUGACCCACCAGUUAAAACAUGUGGAUAUGAUUGAUGGGAGAUUAGCGAAUGUCAAUGAUGGGUCUGUUAUUGUUGAUGAGUAUAUUCAGCACAAGAUGCAUACUUUGAAGUCACUUGUAAGGUUUUUUGUUGGGUCUCCAUCGGUUCAGCAAAAAGUUACGGAAACUGUGAAUGGAUUGUUAGUAGAUGGAAAAUGUAGGAACCCAGUUGUUUGUUUUAGUAAAGCAAGUGAAAGAGGGCCAAUGGUUGUGAAUUCACUUACGAAAGUUAGUAACUUUCUUAAUGUAUCUGCACAACAAAGGAAGGUAGUGCGUUUCAAGAUAUGCGAACAGGUUACACAACAUAAGAUAUGGCGAGGUGCGCUGGAGGAGAUACUAAAUGAGCUUAAAUCAGAGAUGGAUUUAUUGAAUUAUAAUUGUUUAGGCAAAGGGAACAACAUGGGGUAUCAGAUAGUUUCAAGCUGUUUAAAGUUCGUAAGUGAUAUGGACAUUUCGGUUGAUCAUGACUCCACUUCGUGGAUGAGGCUUGCACCUGCUAAACGUGUUGGUUCUCGUAGUUGUGCUGAAUGGGAAGAUGUUCUUGAGAUGUUUCAUGAUCUCAUUCGGUGUUUGAAAAGUGAAAACUGGUCAGCUCAUCAUGUGGAGAAGCUUGAAGUCAUGAAAGAAGGUUUGUCUCGAAUCAAGAAUGUGCCGAUUGAUAAAAGUCUUGGAUACAAGGAGGUUCUACAUCAAGAAAGCCUGGUUCAGAAGAAGCUCUCCAAUGCGUUGGGUCACUCUUCCCGCUGUUUGUUCACACUUUUAUUGUAUUACCUCUACGGCCAUGUUAGGGACAUCGAAGUUGACAUGCGUGGUGGCAUUUAUGGUGGUGAUGGUGAGAAUAUAUUCCACUUGAGGAUGGGAAGGAUUUUGACUUCAGAUGAGGAGGAGAUGGUUUGGAGUGGGAUGAAGCAGCUAGACAGGGCCCUGAGAGUAUUCAAGUUCGUAUGGGAAAUAGCAGGGAUGAAAGGAUUUCUGGAGCUGCAAGGUCAUCUAUGGUGUGUUGGGGCCAAGGAUAAGACACUCACAUAUAGAGGAAGCUUAUUUUUUGUACAUGGGAUCAGUCUCUGA